AAUAUAACUUUAGGGCAUCGUUUAGACUCAUAUGCUCUUUGAUAUAAAGCUUCUAGUCUUCGAGUCUGCACAUACACUGUAUACUGAAUAGAAUAGAAGUGCCUCUUUUUUGACAGCAUUCCAUUUGAGAGAAUGAACAAUACAGAGCAGAAAUUUGACCUUAAGGUGCAGUGCCCGCAUACAGUCUUCUUUCGAUGGGUGUGGAGCCUUUAAAAAGGGGAGUGUUCUGUCCUUGAUGGCUGAACAUUGAAUACACAUGUCUUAUCAGUCUACACAGGAGCUGGAGCGAUGCUUUCCAUCCCUUGGCUGUGGUCUUGCUGCCUGGACACACAGAUCCUUGUAUGCAUAUUGCUCUUUGGACUGCUGGGUAUUGCAAUCCGUACAAGACUGAGAAACAAACAUGUUCUACUGGAUCCGCAGGGAAGAGCGGUGCUGAUCACCGGCUGUGAUUCAGGCUUUGGGAACCUGCUGGCACACAGGCUGCUUGAUCUGGGGUUCACAGUCUUCGCUGCCUGUCUGUUUCCGGAUGGAGAUGGAGCGCAGGCUCUGAGACACCAUUCAGCCCCUGGGCAGGUGAAAGUCAUCCGGCUGGAUGUAACUAGUGAUAAGGAAAUAGAACAGGUGAAACAAUAUGUGCAGGACAACCUCCCUGAGAAAGGGCUAUGGGGACUGAUAAACAAUGCUGGUAUAUCCAUGUGGGGAAUGGUUGAAUGGCUGACAAUUGAUAAAUUCCAGAGGGUUCUUGAUGUCAAUCUACUAGGAUGCAUUAGAACGACCAUGGCUUUUGCUCCACUUAUCAGAAAAAACAAAGGGCGUAUGGUGUUUUUAUCAAGCACGAAUGCAUACAUAAGUUUCAUGAAUAGCAUUUAUUCAUUGACAAAGGCUGCACUGGAGAAGUUCUGUGAUUCCCUUCGGCUAGAAAUGAAGCCGUUUGGAGUGCAGGUAUGUAUUAUUGAGCCAGGCAAUUAUGCUCCAGCCACAAACAUCCAGUCACAGAAAUCUGCGGAUAAGGUGUGGGGUUCUCUGACUGCUGAAGCAAAGAAGGUCUACAGCAAAGAAUACAUAGAAGAAAUAACAAAGUUUGUAAAUGAGAAACUUGAUGAGGGCAGCAUAAAGAGCUAUGAAGUUGUGGACGCCAUUGUAGACGCGCUUACAUCACCUGCACCACAAGCCCGUUACCUUGUUGCCAGUGUUGCAGAAAAAGUUGCUGUUUACUUAUAUUUAUGGCUUCCAACAUCUCUUUUUGAUAAAAUUUUGUUUUUUAAAGCAGGAAAAUUUAAGUGUGUACCACAAAAUGAUAAAUGAUUAAGAAAGUUGAUGUCUACUUGAGGAAUAGUGAACCCUUCCACGAGAUGUCCCUAAACUGUAAAGAGAAAUAUAGGCUGGGGUUACACAUCCUUGAUGCUGCAGCACAUCCAGAGCCUGAAACAGUAAUGAGGCAAUAUGCAGUAAAGAUGGAUAUCUUCUCUCACGGUUAGCGCUGAUCCAAGUUUUUAUGGAAAAAAAAAAAAUGUAAUAAACACACUUUAUACAAGAUGAUGUUGUCUGUCAACUGUAAGAGCUAAAUAGGUUAUUUCUAUUGUAGUAGAACUUGUUGGCAAUGAACCAACACUUAGAACUCAACAUUAUGUGAGAAAGAAGACUCUGUAGGUUUCCUAAAAGAAUAAGAGAUGCAACAAUAAAACACGGUUGAAGGAAUACAAUUAUCAAAAAAAAAAAAAAAAUCAUAAUUUUUAAGAUAUUUGUGUAAUUUGUGUAUAAUAUGUUCUAUUGUUAGUAGUCCAGCAAAUCAAUAAAUGAACCCAUUUUGUAAACAUGUUCUACCCGAGCUCCCGAGCUUCCCUUCAGAAAGGUAUGCUUAUUUUAGCGCAAAGACAAGACCUAAUUUGUUCCAUUUAGUUUCCUGAACUGUCUUGUUGCGCUCCAUUUAAAGAACAUAUCAACUCGAAGAAAAAAAAACAUAUUCCCUAUCCGCAAGAUAGGGGAUAAAUAGUUGAUCUGAUGAGACCUCCCGCGAUCUCCCAUACGGGGCCCCGACUCUGAUUCACUAAAUCGUGUCUCGUUCCCAGCAAGGAAGCUGGUCGAAAUUUGCCCUCUCCAUUUGUGUGUCUCCGCCUCUUCCAUAGAGAUGAAUGGGGACAUGUUUUGACCAGCUUCCGUGCUGGGUACAAGACACACUUUAGUGAAGCAGAGCUGAGGCCCUGUACAGGAGAUCAGCUAUUUAUCCCCUAUCCUGCAGCUAAGGAAUACUUUUUCUUUUUUUUUUUCAGUGGAUAUGUUUCUUAAAUGGAGUGCAACAAGACAGUUCAGGAAACUAAAUGGGACAAACGCAUGAAAGACCUUGCAUGUGAUUAUUGAUGCAUAGAAGUCCUUCUGAGAGAUCAUUAAUGGUAUUCUCCCAAGUAGUUGGUAAGAGAUCUUCUUCAGAUGUUUCCAAGUUGUACAAAGAAAUCCUCCCAGUAUCUACUUUAUAUAGGUACCUUUCAGGGCAUCAAACCCCCAACCCUGGAUUGAUCAGGUGAGAGAUAGACCAUGAUAUGUUCUCCAGAGUUCAGGCUUCGGUGACCUCUGAAUCACCUCAAAAGUCUCCAAUAUAUCACCGAUCCAGGUCUGGAAUUCUUAUCCCUACUUCAUCUUAUCCAGUCUUUAUGACCUUACUUUAUGACUGGUGAUUCCCUGCAGGGGCGUAGCUAUAGGGAAUGCAAAGGUAGCAGUCACACCAGGGUCCUGGUGCCUUAGGGGCCCUAAACCACAUCUGCCCCAUAAAAGAUGUAUUAUAAUUGGCACAUGGGACCCUGUUGCAGAUUUUGCAUCGGGGCCCAGAAGGUGCUCUAGGUCCUGAUCCGAGGUAUCAUGUGCCUAGUCUUGGCUCUUAUACAAAACAUGCCACAUUGGAUCUAUACAUAAUGAGUGAAUUCCCACUCAGGACUUGGGUCUGACAGAAAUGCAUUGUUGAAAUUUGAGAUAAAUAUAUCAGUAACAAUUUUACAUUGGUAUAUGAUAUGUGUACUGUGCCGACCAUGUCAUGUAAUCUAAAAAACAUGGACACGUUAAAAACACUUAUGGCAUAUAAUCCAUGUUCUAGGAAGUUUGGCUUUUCAUAUGAUAUAUUUACAUACCUGAUGUGUGGUGACACAAGUGGAAUGUGGGUGAGAUGUACCCUUCGUGACACCAGGGCACUGUUAACCUACACGGUCUGAGGUUGAGAGUUCCCUUGGGCUGAGCGCCGGGACAAUGGUGACACCGAUGCAAGGUUACGGAUAACUAUCUUUACUGAGGCAGAACUUGUUGUUAAAAUCCUCACACUACAGAUUUGUGCAGAAUGAACCCUGGAAACCUGUCGCCCUGCUGGGACUUGUAGUAGCUGAGACUGUGGAUUUGAGAUAAAUGAAAGCCCAUGCUGAAUUUAGAGACUUGGUACCGACUGACUGAUGACUAUAUUUCCCCUGGAGCUUUUGUGCUUACCGCCAGGCUUUGACCUUCAACUGACCAAGGGGGUUUUCUGAGAUUUGCAUGGUUGCAGAUUUCAGUGUUUUUUUUUCUCCUUAGGUCUCCUAAGACUUCUUCACACACUUCUUCACACUGUACUCUGAUCUGGGCUCCACUGAACUGCAGCUCCUCACUGACUGACUAGCUCCCCCCCUCCCCACACAUCAUAAAGGCUCCCAUUGGGGCAUCAGCGUGACAUGGGUCACUCUGCAGCAUUCCUUAAAAAAAAAAAAAAUAGACAGCACAUAAUUUAUCACAACAUGACAGUGCAAUAUAACAAAAUAGAUUAUGGAGUAGUAGGCCCAGAACAGCGAUAGCAGGAAUGCCCAAGGCAAACUUUAGCCCAAAUGACGAUGACCUGUAGUUGGACACCACAGAUGUGUAUGUGGUGAGCUUGGGGGAUAAAGCCUUGUGGGGUGUAGGGUAGUUAGGGUGUUGCUGUUCAGGUUAAUAAAGGGCGCUGUCAACCUCUGCCACUCGUGACGCCAGAGUUAGGGUUAAAUACUGUAAUCUUGAUAGGCCUAUUGCAAUAAAGGAUUGUCCACAACCACUGUUAACUGAAAACUUGCAGGAACUUUUACUGAAGAGUUUCUGUACAUGCAGCAAUAGUAACAGUCCAGAUAACAGAGUCUCUAUAGAUAGAGCUGAGCAGCGAUUGAUAGUUGGUUGGGAUCAGAUAAGCUCAAUUUAGCUUCUCAGAAUUUUUUUUAGCAUAGAUCCGCUGGAUUUAAGGGUGCGUUUAGGUCCAGUGAUCUUGCGGUGAGUAGCGGGGAAUUGCUUAGUAUAUCCGCUAUGUUAGAGGCCGAGGCCGCAAGGCUUUGGCCUAGUAAAUUGUCUUGUAAGCUGCGGAGGUCCUACCUCUUCCAGAAUCAGCAACCCAAGAAAGAAGAGAGAUGCUGCUUGCUUGGCAGCACAGGAACAAGAGAGCGAUCAAGAUGGCGCUGCUCCCUUAUAUGGGCAGGGGCUGGCCAUUUUGGAUUGGUCCAUAACAACUGUCACUCACCGUUACAUUGCAUUGUGGGUGAACACGUCAUGAGAACCACCAAAGGUCCUUUACCAAAACCAUAGAGUUCUAAACCUAAUCAAGUGACCCACAGGUCCUGCUAUGCUGAACAGGUAUGCAUUUAAAUAUAUAUUUAUAUGAAUUUCUAUGUAAAUAUGAACCAACUAAGGGGUGACAAGGGGAAUAACUUUACAAGAGGGACCCCAACGUUCCUAGGGACUCUGACUAUGGGGACCUCUACAAAGGUACAGUAUGAAAUACGGUACCGGGACACCACAUGUAGGUGUUCAUGUCUCCUUGUAACUAAAGCUGAAGUGUACUUGUAUA